UACAUAAUCUGCUUUCCUGCAUGAAACUACUCCCCUAAAUUAAUAAAGAAAAAUAUUACUGUUCAAAAACAUAUAAAUUAUAAAAACUCAUAAAGUUAUCUUAUAAUUUUAAUAGUUAAAAGAGACAUCUCUGUUGAUUUAAAUUAAUAGCUUAUUAUUAUACUAACACUGCUGACCUUUGCACGUGAUCAAUUCAAAAUAAGUUAGAUACUAUGUAAUUCAACCAAUCAUCGUGACAUAAGAUACGUAAGCCCGUGCGUAAAUUCAAGGUCUUAUUUAAUUUAAUCAUUUUCUACUCCUGUUGUGUAUUAAACUAGAUAUUGUGUCUGGCUGGCGCUGGAGAUAGACGUUUCGAAUAAAAAUGGGAAGUUCAAAAUUUUUAGAAAUUUCCGCUAAAUCUUUGACAUUUACGAACGUUGUUUUUACGGCGUUUAUUGCUUGGGUGAUAUUUUCGAUUAUUAUUUUCUUGAAGUAUGCUUUUCGAAGAACUAAAUAUAGUAAAAUGGUGCCUUGCAAAAAAGUUGGUUUUUUUAACGUCCUCGGCAACAUUGGAGAUUUACAGCAGGAUAGGUCUAAGUAUAAUUUUAACACUUAUUUAUUACAAUUAGCCUCUGGCCUAGCGGCUGGAUACUUUAGAAAGGAAAAAUUAUUUUGCUUGUGGCUGUCUUAUGCCCCAAAUAUUAUAGUUACAAAGGCUGAAGCUGUUGAGGAUCUCAUAGCUGGAACCAAAACAAUGAAGAAGGGGUGGAGCUACAAUUUUCUGCACACAUGGCUAGGUACGGGCCUAUUGACAAGCGAUGGACCAAAGUGGAAAUCUAGGCGAAGAUUAUUGACGCCAUCAUUUCAUUUCGAAAUUUUAAAAGACUUCAUGCCUACUUUUGCUGAAAAAUCUGAUAUCCUGGUUAAAGUUCUUCGGAAAGAAACAGAAAAAGAAUUUGUUGAUAUUGUAAUGCCUGUAACACUGUGCAGUCUAGAUAUUAUUUGUGAAACAACAUUGGGUGUUAACAUUGGAGCACAAGAAAAUAAAGACUCAGAAUAUGUCAGAGCAGUAUUAAGAGUGUCAGAGACAAUGAUGGAAAGAAUGUUCAACCCGAAAUAUUGGUUGGAAGCAACAUUUGCCUUAACAGAAUUGGGAAAGCAGCAAAAAAAGGAUAUUAAGUUACUGCAUAAUUUUACAGACUCCGUAAUUCAAGAGAAGAAGACGAAGUUACUGAGCGGCGGGGAGACUACUUCAGAGAAAAGAAAGAGGAAAGCACUGAUGGAUGUUUUAUUAGAACAUCAUGUUCAGACAAAAGAACUCACGGAACAUGAAAUUAGAGAAGAAGUUGACACUUUUGCUUUUGAAGGUCACGAUACAACAUCCAUGGGAAUCAGUUGGGCUCUCUACCUAAUUGGUCUUCACAAAGACGUUCAAGACAAAAUUCAUGAAGAAAUGGACCGCAUAUUUGGAGAUGACAGGGACAGAUUAAUAACGACGGAUGAUUUGAAGGACAUGACCUACCUUGAUCUUGUUCUUAAGGAAUCUCAGAGACUGUAUCCAUCUGUUCCGCUCAUUGCAAGAGAAGUGACCGAAAACGAAAUAACAAUUUGUGGUUAUAAAGUGCCUAAAGGAACGCAGUGUGUAGCAUUGAUUUAUAACUUACACAGAGAUGAAAAAGUUUUCCCAAAUCCUGAAAAAUUUGAUCCUGAUAGAUUUUUACCGGAAAACUCUGUUGGAAGACAUCCCUUCGCUUACAUACCAUUCUCAGCUGGACCCAGAAACUGCAUUGGUCAAAGAUUUGCAUUGAUGGAAGAGAAAGUAGUAGUUUCCAACGUCCUUCGUCACUUUACGUUGGAAUCUUUAGAUCAAAGAGACCAAUUACCUGCGGCUGUAGAACUUAUUUUGAGAAGUCCAGUUCCAAUUCGAAUAAAAAUUCGAGCAAGAUGAGAAAAAUCGGGAAGCUUUUUGUUUGUAAUGUUUUUAUAAAAAUGCUAUUUUAUCUUUGUAUAAACAAUGAUGUACAGAUAAUUAUAAAUGUAUUUUUAACUAUUAAAAUCGUCACUUAAUUUGGAAA